CUCCUUAUUAAAUGAGGGGCUGAUGUGAUCUUACUUUGGAGGAGAUGGCUUUCAUGCUAUAAAAGUAGUUGAAUCCUACAGAGAAUUGUCAAAGGUGUUGGGUGCUAAAACCGCGUGUGCUUGUAAGAAAUCCGAUACAGAACCUCUUGUUCUGCACGUAAUUGGAUUAGCGCCAGAAUCUACCGUUCUUUGCACCUGUGAAAUUGCCAUGUUUCUGCUCAUAGAUUGCUCCAAAUGCCGGACCACAUUGCAGCUGCCUCCUGGUGCCCGAUCGAUCCGGUGCGCAAUUUGCCAGGCAGUGACUCAAGUCGCUGAUCCACGCGCCGUCCAUCCUCCGCCAGCUACAAAUCACUGGCCGGAUUCGGUUCCCCCGUCCGCCACCUCUCCUUCUCCGUACAACCACGCCCCUCCUGGCCCCCCUCCCAACGUGCACGGCCGGAAGAAAGCCUUGAUCGUCGGCAUAUCGUACAGGAACUCGAGACACGAGCUCAAGGGAUGUCUCAACGAUGCCAAGUGUAUGCGAUACCUUCUCAUAAACAAGUUUCAGUUCCCAGAAUCUUCUAUUCUUAUGCUCACAGAAGAGGAGACUGAUCCCUAUAGAAUUCCAACCAAAUCCAAUAUGCGACUAGCACUAUUUUGGCUUAUACAAGGAUGUCAACCUGGGGAUUCCUUGCUAUUUCACUAUUCUGGGCAUGGAUCAAGGCAAAGGAACUACAAUGGUGAUGAAGUUGAUGGAUACGAUGAAACAUUAUGUCCUUUGGACUUUGAAACUCAGGGAAUGAUAGUCGAUGAUGAAAUAAAUGCAUCAAUCGUCAGGCCUCUUACUCCUGGGGUUAAGCUUCAUGCAAUAAUUGAUGCAUGUCACAGUGGGACUGUCCUGGACUUGCCAUUUCUGUGUAGAAUGAACAGGAACGGUCAAUAUAUGUGGGAGGACCAUCGUCCCCGUUCAGGUGUGAUGAAAGGAACAAGUGGAGGUGAAGCAAUUUCUUUCAGUGGUUGUGAUGAUGACCAAACCUCUGCUGAUACAUCUGCUCUAUCAAGAAUAACUUCAACUGGUGCCAUGACCUACUGCUUCAUUCAAGCUAUUGAGCGUGGGCAUGGAGCAACUUAUGGUAGCAUAUUGAAUGCAAUGAGGAAAGCAAUCCGAGAAGCAGGUGGUGGCGGAGGAGGAGGUUCAGGAGGUGAUCUAGGCGGUGGCAUUGUCACAUCUCUCCUCUCCAUGCUUGUGACAGGCGGCAGUAGUAUUGGUGGAGGAUUUGGACAGGAACCGCAGUUGACUGCAUGCCGGACCUUCGAUGUCUAUUUAGAGCCUUUCUCCUUGUGAAACCAAACCCUUCUUUACCAUAUCACAUUAUUACCCUAUUCACUGUGGGCACCCGACAGGGUGUUGGUGUUGUGAGCUUUCUCACUUAUAGCUCACUUAUGCAAUGUAGAUAUUGCCUGUUUUGGAAAUCAUGUGCUAAAUUUGUUACUUUGACUAAAUUUGUUGUUGAUAAAAUGUGCUUUAUUAGUAAAUUCGUUCUUCUCAUUUCGACUAAAUGUGUUGAUUAAAAAAAUGCAAAUGCUACAUGCCCCCUAAGGUACCGUUGACAAUACAAGUUGUGCUUAGUAAAUUCGUUCUUCUAUUAUUGGAUUUGAAUGGUAUUGUAGCAUUUACCAAAAAAUGCAAGUGCACAUUUUUUGGUCUGGUCUAACUAGUCUAGUAUGGUCAUAUGUGUUUACGUCUAAUGUAGUUUAAUCUUAAUUGGUCCGGUCUAGUAGAUUUCCGGUCCAUAUGUAUGUCCAUAUGUAUUUUAUAACCAUCGAUAUGUAGUUUGAUCUUGUUUAAGAGUGAAACCCGUUCAAAUAAAAUAAAAACAUCUUAAAAGAAAACAUAAACCAUAUUUUGGUUUGUGAGGAGGGCACAAAAAGCUGGACAACUCAUGUGCUAAAUUAAGUUUUAAUUCUCUUUACUCAUAAAAAGCGGGCAUUUGAUCCAUCAUCCAUAUGACCUUGAGGUGGCGUGAUUAAGUUCUUUAAAGGGUAAUUCUAUUGACG